GGCGUGCACGUCUUCUGCUGACGUAAAACAGCAAUGGCGGAAACAAUGAUGCUAACCGGUGAGAGUUUCCCUUCCGCGAAGGAGUCCACUUGUAGCAAAUUGUCCAGCUACACGGACUGCAUGAGUGCCCUGCUCAAGCUGCUGGCCGACCUCGUCAGCGAGCUCAAAUUAGGUGACGCCGCUUUGAGGAUGGAAGUCAACCUGGAUGCCUUGAAUCCACAGCCGUCGGACGCCGCUCACACUUACGACUGUCUACAACGGCACAUCAUUAAGCUACAGGCCAUGUCGGAGAACCUCAAAACGCUGGCAGAGGCUCCAACUCGUGAGUCACUUGAGACCGAGAAAGAAAUGCCGCAUGACACCGCGUCCUCAUCCGCCCUCCGCCGCAGCCCGUCAACGCCGCCCCUCCCUGACGCGUCCGAUGACGUUUUGGUGCAAAUCCGUGCCGGCAAGUCUGAGAUCGAGCGCAGGAUAUCUGCAUUUAUGGAGCGCAAGCAGAUGGAGAUCAAUGAAAACAACGUGCGCGAGUUCUGCAACGUGAUCGACUGCAAUCAAGGGGAGAGCUGCGCCAGAACAGACGCCGUGUUCACGCCGUUCCCCGGAUUUAAAAGCCACGUCAAAGUCACGCGGGUGGUGAACACAUACGGACCUCAGACCCACUCCGGAGGCCAAGGAGAAGCUGGCGAACAGGCACGAAGCCUUGCCACACAAGACUGCGGCAACCCAGCCAUCGAGGAACGCCUCAACAACAUUGAGGCUCACCUCAGACUCCCGACAGCGGGCCCAGUUCCUGUGAGUGUCUACCAGAGGCUAAAGAAGCUGGAGGACCGCAUCUUACAGCUGGAGGGACUCUCGCCAGAGUAUUUCCAAUCCACGAACCUCCCACACAAGAGACCCAAGACCUCCCCUGCUCAGGCCUGCAGUCUGACCGAGCUGGAUGAGAAGAUUAGCGCCGUCAAAGCAGCCCUGCUCAAGAAGGCCAAUGACUUCCAGCCUGCAUAUGGACCCGAGUUCCCACUUUGACACGAUUUGGUGGAAUUGUGAAAUUAGCUGUAGCAAUGGACCCAGAUGAUAAUGUUUUGGCUGACAUAGAAAACUUACAUGAGGAAACCAAGGCCUGUUUUGUCUGCGUUGUUUCAGUGCAUCCCCAGUCAGGUAUAAUGCUCCCCUGCGUAAAUAAAUGUAAAUUUAGCGCUUUGAA